GACAGAAUAUGAAAGCACCUAAACGAUGCACACUUUCUACGACUUCUCUCCAACGAUUGAUUUGCUCAUUUGUGUAAAUACCAGGAAGACGUGGUAGUCCACCAGCUUCUUUCGCAGGCAGAGUAGCUUCGCUUAUUAGUAAACCGCCUUUAGACGCCCUCUGUUGGUAGUAUAAUGGCGUAUAAUCUGAUGGUACACCAAAGUCAUCAACUCUCAAUCUCGUCAAUGGCGCCAAAGCGAUUCUAUGGCUGAGAUUGCAAUUCCCUAUUCUCGCUGGUUUGAAAAGCCCUCCUGGUCGCAUCAAAGGAAGAAGUCACUUAUUGCGCUACAACCACGACGAAAAUAAUGGCGACUGUUGUACAACUCAAAACCAGUCAGGGUGAUAUCGACCUUGAACUAUACGUUAAUCACGCACCAAAAACUUGCAACAAUUUCAGUCAGUUAGUACAAAGGGGUUACUACAAUGGUGUAGUAUUCCACAGAAUAGUUCAAGACUUUAUGAUACAGGGAGGUGAUCCAACAGGAACUGGUAGAGGUGGUACAUCUGUCUACGGAGGAAAAUUCGAAGAUGAAAUAAACCCAGAAUUAAGAUUCACAGGUGCAGGUAUACUAGCAAUGGCAAACUCAGGUCCAAACACAAAUGGUUCUCAAUUCUUUAUAACACUAUCACCAACACCAUAUCUCGACGGAAAACACACAAUCUUUGGAAGAGUUCUAAGAGGUAUGAGAGUCGUACAAAGAAUGGGUAACGUCGUAGUAGACAAAGCAGACAGACCAAUAGAGGAUGUAAAAAUAUAUAAUGCCUCAAUACAGCAAAUGAUUGAGUAA